UAUAAAGGGACUUAACUGCACUGGUAUCAAAAUGGCUGCGCUUGCAACGAUGACCAAUGUGUUUUCUGAUGAGCUUGCUGUGGCAUCAGGACUGAGACCGAAUGAAGUUACCACGGGUACGACCAUCAUGGCUGUUCAGUAUGAAGAUGGUGUGAUCAUGGGAGCAGAUUCACGUACUACCACAGGAGCAUAUAUUGCUAAUCGAGUUACUGACAAGCUGACCAAAGUAACAGACUAUAUCUACUGCUGUCGGUCUGGCUCAGCUGCUGACACACAGGCUAUUGCAGAUAUUGUCAAAUAUCAUCUGGAUUUCUACAAAAUGGAAAUGGGCAAAGAACCUGACGUGAAGACUGCUGCCAAUGUUUUCCGAGAGUUGUGCUAUAACUAUCGAGACAGUCUAACUGCUGGCAUCAUUGUAGCCGGAUGGGAUAGUUCCAGUGGUGGACAGGUGUAUUCUGUGCCUAUUGGAGGCAUGCUUCAACGACAGCCUUUUGCUAUCAGUGGCUCUGGUAGUACCUAUUUGUAUGGCUAUGUUGAUGCUCAGUUCCGCCUUGGUUUCAGCAAAGAAGAAUGUCUACAAUUUGUGGCAAAUGCUGUUUCUUUGGCGAUAAAUCGUGAUGGUUCUAGUGGAGGAAUCAUCCGUCUAGCUGCUAUUUCCAAAGGCGGCGUGGAACGCUUCACUUUGACAGGGGACAAAAUUCCCAAAUUCUAUGAAGAUAACUGACAUUUAUAUCUUCUCUUCCAUUUGUUCACUUUCUUUCUCUCUCUGUAUCUUUCUCCCAUGAUGAAGAUAUCUUUCUAUCAAGAGAAAAGCAAGUCUUGCUUUGUUUGCUUAUUUUUUUUUUGAAUGUACUUAAGACUGUUUAUUUCAGUUUUGGAGACUGCAGUUCAUUAUUAUAGUUCAGACAAAAAUCUAAAGUCAUUUGUAGUUACAGCAAAGGAUCAUUAAUGCUUUCAAACUUUUCACCCAUGAGAACAGAUGAGCUCCAAGUGUUUAAUGCAUUUGUGAACAGUGUUGCUGGUGUUUCUAUUUCAAACAUCUGUCUUUUAGGAGUUGGGAAGAGAUUUUUCUACUAUUGUGCAACAAUAAACAUAUGUAUCAUUGUU